UUAGGAGAAAAGGCUUCUUGAGCUCAGCUGUGAGCAGAUAAAGGGCCAGGAAGUGAGGGGAAUGCAUUUCCAGCUGUUGAGACAAAACCACAGAGAUAUCCAGCCUCCUGAAGAGAGAGGGUUGUCGGUAACCAGCCCAGACUCGGACGGCAAAAUCUUUGCUACUGGAUUCUAAGCUGCACAAACACUGUUUCCUGAAUUCUGAAGGAAGAUGCAGCGGAUAAUACUGGCAAUCACAUUUGUCCUGUCACCCGUUUUCCCUUCACAAGAGGACAUUGUUUGGUUCAAGGGAUCAAAAGGAGUUCCAAUAGACCAGCAGUACGCCAGACUUGGGACAUUUGAAAUACUUUUGCAUUGCCCUGUCCCUGAAAGCAAUUCCACGGUGGGAUGGAAAAUGAGCAGCCCGUUACAUGGGAUUUUGAAGGCAGUGAGAAGAGAUGGCAGCCUUGUUUUGAAGAACGCCAGCCUGGCUCAGAAUGGCGAAUACAGUUGCUAUGAUCUCACCACUGGGCGGUUGCUGCGGAGAAUUCACCUGAAGCUGGGCUACCCACCUGAUAAACCUUUAGCACGGUGCCAGACCAACAACUUCUCAGCCAUCAAUUGCUCCUGGAGAUUGGAGACCGAGACACACCUGCCUACUUUUUUUUCCUCCACGUUUCUCGUGGAUGGAGAAAUAAAGGAGUGUGUCCAAGCUACCACAGCGGCCAACAGCUGCUUCUUCGACAAUGUCCAGAUGUUCUCUUGGAGGCCCUAUGUGCUGAAUGUAACAGCGGUGAACCCCCUGGGGACAGCGACGACCUACUACUACUUCCACCAGCUUGAUAUCAUCAAGCCUGACCCUCCAGAAGACUUGAAGGUCACCCAGAUCCUGGGCCAGAGGAAGAAGAUACUUUUGGUGUGGAAGCCCCCCAGCUCCUGGAAACUCUCAGAAUACUUCGCCCUCAAAUACAUGAUCCGUUACACAAGGGAUGGAAGCAACACCAGCAAAGUGACAAGGCCCACCCUGCAGACCUCCUUUGUGUUGGCUGGGAUCCGCCCUGGAGUGACGUACCAUGCCCAGGUGGCAGCAAAGGACUUCCUCGAUAGCGGCGAGUACAGUGAUUGGAGCCCGGCAGCAUCAGGGGCAUCCUGGAUGCCAGAGUGAUGUGCUUGAAGAGCAUCUUGAGUUCCUGUGGCAAGGGGGCUUUCGUAUGUGCCUCCACUUCCCAGGGGUGGCCAAGCGUUCUUCGUCACCUUUUGCAAUUCUGGAGUUCACACACAGCCUGACUCAUGAAAGUCUAAUUUCUAUUUGCACGGGGAAAUUUCAGCUCCUUUUCCUCCUUUUCCUUUACUGGGAACUAAUUUGACUCCCCUUUUUCUUCUAUAUACUGUAUGUGAUAAAUGUAUGCUCUCAUUGCACUCCCUGUUGUUUCCCGGUUUCCCCGUCCCCCUUACAUUCAUUAUUCUCACUGCAUUUGGUAUGUGCUUAUGCCAAUAACCAUUCUGUAUGAAAAAUGGCGACGAAAACAACAACAACAACAACAACAACAACAACAACAACAGGAGCAGUUUCUUGUUAAAAAAGAAAAAGAAGAAAAAACCUAGUUUCUUUCACACACCCUCCCCAAAAGAUCAUAGACCACCAAUCCAGGAGUUUCUGACAAGGGCUUUUUGAGAAAGCACUAUCUAUAUCACACUGCAACCAAUGGCAGUAUUCAAAUUUAUCUUAGUAGGAAUUAAUAACAUCUCAUUACACAAAAGGCUCAUGUCAGCCAAUCUUCUUAUAUAAUGUUACUGUUGGAAAACAAGAGCAAGAACAUAAUAAAAGCCUACUGAAUCAGGCCAAAGACCCAACUAGUUCAGCAUCCUGUUCUCACAGGGGCCAACCAGAUGUCCUUGUAAGCAGGACAACAGAUUUAUAUUAUAUUAUUAUAUUAUCCAAUCACUGCAUUAGUAUAGGAUACUUCAGUUAUUUCUGUGUUUACAUUUUAUGAAAAUACUAGCUGCACCCAGCCACGCGGCAAAUCCUGCAGCCCAGCUGAUGCCCAACGUCUUGCUCUGCUUUCCUUUGGACCCCUCCAGCGAAGCCAAGUCUUGUCGCCUGGGCACUGGGCAGCAACAGGACCUCCAGACAUACGACCCAGGCUUGUCACAUUGGUGUGGGUAACCAGAGGUUCAGGUUCACUCCAUUGUGAGAGAAAUAAUUUAUGUUGCUUUUUAUUGCCUUUUUAGAACAAUCAUUGGCCUUUUUUUUAUAAAAGUCAUAAGGCCAUGCGGUUAUAAUGGUUAGGAGAUUUUUAUCUGGGGAUUUUCUAAUAUAGCUUGUGGAACAAAAAUGUACUUAAAUAUGCUAGCAAAAGAACAGGUGUUAUAUGCUUUUGCAGAAAUUGCAGUUAAGAACAGCAAAAAGAACAAAUAUACUGUAUGCUUCAGUGAAAUAGAGGAAUAUGGCUUUAUUGCUAAAAAACAGCAUGUAGCAGGGUGAAAACAUAAUGCCAAAUAAGGAAAAUCACAAAUAUGAGAGAUGGUCGCCAGAUUAAGAGGAAUGGGAGAAGAGGAACAGGGGCGGGGAGUUUAAUAUUGUACUAGGCGGACGUGAUAGGUUGUGACCCCUGAACAGGGGAGGGAAUCUUGCGCUAGGAGAUACCGGUAGCAUAAAAGCUUCUUGGGUGAAGAUUUUCGGGUGUGCUUUGGUCACCAAUCUUGCAAGUAUGUUUUUGUGAUCACUCAAAUAAAUGUAUGCUGGUUCACCAA